AUGUCGGCUCUGCGGCAGGGCAUCCUGUCGGAGCUGCGGCGGGGCAAGUCGGUGAGGCAGAUCUUGCGGGGCUUGGGGGAAAGGAAGCAAGGCGACCAGAUCUUGGCGGCGCUGGAGAUCCUGGCGCAGGGCGGCGUCCGUCUGGAGGGCCGGGACCUCACGGCGGGCAUCACCACCUGCGGCAAGUUGGCGCAGUGGCGGCAGGCGCUGCUUUUGGCGACCAGCGCGCGGAGCUUUCAGGUGCAGCCCAGCAUCUUCGGGUACAACGCCGGGAUCAGCGCCUGCGAGCGUGCGGGGCAGUGGCAGCGGGCGCUGCAGUUGCUGGCGCUGAUGCCGGCGGAGUCGCUGGACCCUGGGGUGGUCAGCUGCUCGGAUGACGCCAGGGGCCAGGGGCGCCUAUCCAUCCGGGUCGAAUCGGCGGGGCGGGGCGGGGGGGUGGGUGGUAUGGGGCUGUGGGGCUGUGGGAAUUGUGGACAGCCCCAAGUCUUUUGGGAGAAGGCCAGGCAUUUCGGAGCCGAGGAAGGGACAAUACACACUUGCAAUCCCUCUUAG